GUGACUGGAGAUUUACUAUCAGUUUAGAAAAAGGGGGAGGAACUAAAGUUAGCUCACAAAUUCCCCACAGGUUUUUGUCUAUGCAGAAGUGCCCGGAGUUUCUCACCCUGAGUUCUGACCUGUAAAUCUGCAAGGAAAUCUUGAGAGUUUUUCUUUUUCCUUUUCUUUCUUUCUUUCUUUUUUUUUAAAGGAGGCAGGGAGCUGUGGAUCCAUCCCAUCAUCGGAAUCCUAGCUGAGAAACAACUUAUAAUGGAGGCUUCACCUCUUGAGUUACCAGCUGACACACUUCAACGCAUCGCAUCUGAACUUAGAUGUCACCUGACAGAUGAGAGGGUUGCCCUCCACCUUGAUAAGGAAGAUAAGCUGAGGCACUUCAGAGAGAAUUUUCAUAUCCCCAAAAUGCAGGAUCUACCUGCAGUUGAUUUAUCUUUAGUGAAUAAGGAUGAAAAUGCCAUCUAUUUCUUGGGCAAUUCUCUUGGCCUGCAACCAAAAGUGGUUAAAGCAUAUCUGGAAGAAGAACUAGAUAAGUGGGCCAAAAUGGGAGCCUAUGGUCACGAGAUAGGGAAACGUCCUUGGAUUACAGGAGAUGAGACUAUUUUAGGCCUUAUGAAUGACAUUGUAGGAGCCAAUGAGAAAGAAAUAGCACUAAUGAAUGGUUUGACUGUUAAUUUACAUCUUCUACUGCUAUCAUUUUUUAAGCCUACACCAAAACGGUAUAAGAUUCUUUUGGAAGCCAAAGCCUUCCCUUCAGAUCAUUAUGCUGUUGAGUCACAGCUUCAACUACAUGGACUUAACAUUGAGAAGAGUAUGCGGAUUGUAAAGCCAAGAGAGGGGGAAGAAACAUUGAGAACAGAGGAUAUCCUUGAAGUAAUUGAAAAGGAAGGAGACUCAAUUGCAGUGAUCCUGUUCAGUGGGGUACAUUUUUACACUGGACAGCUCUUUAAUAUACCUGCCAUCACAAAAGCUGGACAAGCAAAGGGUUGUUUUGUUGGCUUUGAUCUAGCACAUGCAGUUGGAAAUGUUGAACUCCGCUUACAUGACUGGGGGGUUGAUUUUGCCUGCUGGUGCUCCUACAAGUAUUUAAACUCAGGAGCGGGAGGUCUUGCUGGUGCCUUUGUCCAUGAAAAACAUGCUCAUACAAUUAAACCUGCGUUAGUGGGAUGGUUUGGCCAUGAACUCAGCACCAGAUUUAAGAUGGAUAACAAACUGCAAUUAAUCCCUGGGGUUAGUGGAUUUCGAAUUUCAAAUCCUCCCAUUUUGUUGGUCUGUUCCUUACAUGCUAGUUUAGAGAUCUUUAAGCAAGCGACUAUGAAAGCAUUGAGGAGAAAAUCUGUUUUGCUAACUGGUUAUCUGGAAUACAUGAUCAAGCAUUACUGUAACAAAGAUAAAGCAGAUACCAAGAGACCAUUUGUGAACAUAAUUACUCCAUCCUGCAUAGAGGACCGUGGCUGCCAGCUAACACUAACCUUUUCUAUUCCAAUAAAAUAUGUAUUCCAAGAACUAGAAAAACGAGGAGUAGUUUGUGACAAGCGGGAUCCAGAUGGCAUCCGAGUGGCUCCAGUUCCUCUCUACAACUCUUUUCAUGAUGUUUAUAAGUUUAUCAAUCUACUUGCUUCUGCACUUGACUCUGCAGAAACAAAAAAUACCAGUGUUCUCUAGAACAAUUUAAGUAGUACUAAGAGCUACUAUAUUUUAUUAUUGUUGUUCUUAUUUUAAUAAUUGGAAAUUUUUUCAAAACCAAUUGCACAUAACUGGCAAUGAAUCAUUUAGUUUACAGAAAGAUCUGAUAUAUUUUCUCUAAAUGUCUGGGGUUCUGAGGUAUCCACAUGUCUGUUCAAUUUCUCCAUGCGUGGUGGAUCAAAGUUUUCAUUGGUCCAAGUAUUAUGUAUACAGUCUUAGCUAGCUGUCACAUUUCAUGGUCAGUGAAUGUUUUAUGUUGAUUUAAUUUAUAAUUUGACUGACAACUUCAUAAUAUAUGUGCAAUUUUUUGUGUCAAUUUUAGAAAUGUCGCUUUAGUUUUAAUUUACCAAAGAGGUUCUUAUAGUCACUGUAAUUUCGCAGUCUGAUAUAUGUAUGAUUUUGCAGUAUUCCAUCCAACUCUAAUCUAAAGAACAGAAAAUACAUUUUCUAGGGUAGUAGCUUUCAAAUAUUUUGACCGCAGUCCACACUAAGAAAUAUGUUUAAUAUCAGAUACCAGUAUUUAUAUGUGUUUAUGUCUUAUUUUAUUGAUUCUAAUAUACAAACUUCUAUCAUAUUUCAACAUCUGUGAAAGAAGAAUUUUUUCAAUUUUCAAUCAAUGAUUCUUACAUUGCUACUGACCAUUCUUUCAUGUUACCAUCCUUGACAUUAGCACGCUUCUCACAAUGAAUAGAUAGCAUCUUAGAUAUGAUAUUUUUUAAUGGAAUAUGUACCAAAAGCAAAAGUUUCAUAAAUCAUUAGUGCUCUGCUAGUUAUUAUUCAUUUUAUCUCAUCACAUCAAAUUCUGGUUGAAACUCAUUGAACCUGUUUGCCCACCGACUCUUGGAUCCUAAUUCAUUUUUCAAGGUUGUCCCUUUUUUUAAUGUUAUCACUAUUGCUUUUUUGUUUGUUUGUUUGUUUGUUUUAAUGGGAACCUCUCUUAAUAGAAGGCUAUUUUUUAAAGAGUUUAUUUAUUUUGAGAGAAAGAGAUAGAGAGUGUGAGUGGAGGAGGGGCAGAGAGAGAGAGCAAGGGAGAGAAUCCCAAGCAGGCUCCACACUGUCAGCUCAGCUCCUGAUGUGGGGAUCGAUCUCCCAAACAAGGAGAUCAUGACCUGAGCCAAAAUCAAGAGUCAGGACACUUAAUGGACUAAGCCACCCAGGUCAACCCUCCACCCCCCCAUAGAAAAUGUUACUCUGUCUCUGAAACCGUGAAAUAAAUCACCCCAAGAUAUUGGCAAUUGAGAAUUAGAAUUAGCAAAUCAGAGCUUCAUCUCUCAACCUCUAACCCAAAUCUAUGGCCCUUUCUUUCCUCUAGGAAAACUACAGUUACACGCAGCCCUGUUGGACUUCCCUGGUUUUCAGUUGUUGAUACUGCAACCACUACUCAUGAAUUGGCAAAACAGUCUACAUUUAUAUACACGGGCAGCAAGAAAGAGUGACUGCAAUGUAAUCAUUGUCCCUGAUGAACAAAUUUGAAUGGAAAUAACUUACACAACCGCUAGAGUUAAAUAAAAAGAUGCAGGACUGACACCAAUGCCAGAAACUAUUGAUAUUUAUUGAAUAGUCACCACGUACCAUGUAUUGUGCUAAUCUAGUUAUACAUUAUCUUACUUAUUUGAGUGGUUGCAUAACUGCUUUAGCAAAGCUGCCGCCUCCAACUUUUGGCAAAACUCAUCUUUGUGGAUGGAAAAGUUCUCAAAACCCUAAAAUUCGACUAUAUACAACUUCAUGUAGGAGAAAUCGUUUUGAAGCUCACAGAUGUAAGCAAAACAGACAUGGUUUCAGCUCUCAGGGAGCAUGUAGCUUAGUGGGAGAAAUGGGUAGUAAAUAUAUAAACACCCAAGUAAACAUAUGAUUACAAACUGUAAGUUUUAUGAAAGAAAAACAGAUGAUACUGUAAGAAAAAUCUCAAGGGUAUUAAUUAGAUGGUCAAGUAAGGGGAGGUAUAUGGUAGUGCUUAUAACUUUAAAUUCUAAAAUAUCAGGCUAAUCACAUUAAAAUUGCAUCAAGUUAUACAUACAAACCAUUUAAAGCAUACUCAGCACUAUGUCAUGCGGGUUAAGAAACAAAGCAUUAGAAAUUCCCUUUCUCCCUGCUUGCAUUCCCAUUUCUCCCCAAAUCCAGACAUAACCAUCAAAUCAUAUUUUGUGUUAACCAUUUCCUUACUUCCAUUGAAGUAUUACACCUAUGUAUGCACCAUAAAAUAUAUAUUAGCUGAUUUUGCUCGUGUGUGAACUUCAUGUAAAUUUAAUUGUGUUGUUUAUAUUCUGCCUCCUUUGCUCAGUGUCAGGUUUUUGAGAUUUAUCCAUUUUCAUUGCUGCUCAGUGUUCUCGUAUAUAUUUGGGGUUAUUAAUUUAUUCUACUACUAGUGAACAUUGGAAUUCUUCCCAUUAUCUUUAAUAUUGCAACAAUGCCGCUACUAACAUUCUUGGUACACAGAUUCAAAAGUUUGCCCAGGACAUAAUAACUGUGAAAAUGUCAGGUCAAAGGACCCACACAUGUUCAACUUCACUAAGAAGUAGCAAACUCUUUUCCAAACUAGUUGUACCAGUUUCCAUUGCAACCAAUAGGAAAUAGGAGAUCUCUUCUCUCAAUCCUUGCCGAUAGUAGCUGUUGAUUGAUUGCCUUUGUUACGUAUGCAGACUUACAUAGCCAGGGUGAUUACUAAAAUAACAGAAAGAAUGUUAUUCAGUAGAACAGAAUGAAUGUUCUACUUCAACACAAGUAGAAGGAGAAACAGAAUGAGGAGAUACACACACACUGCUGUUUAUGCUUCAGAAACCAUCCUUAAUCUAUGGAUUGAGACAAGACUAGAGUAUUACCUGACUUUUACCCUUGCUCAGCCCUUUCCCUCCCAAUAUUCCCUCUUUCAUAGUUUUUUCUGAUGAGCAUUCUUUCAAAAAAAAAAUAUAUUCAAACAUUGCUCUUUAUUUCUAGGAAACCCAAUUUAACAAAGCAUUGCCUUCAUCUACUGCUAAUAACCAUAAGCCUUUUAUAGUCCUAUAUUCAAUGUCUGAUAAAUUUCAGUUCUGUUUCUGUUGUUUUUCACAAAUAAUACUUGUUUCCUUGUGUAUAUUGUGCUUGUUAACUUUAAACUACUCAUUUAUAUUGACUCCUUUGGAAUUCUUUGAGAACUGUGUUAAAAGUCUUUCCAAAGAUAUUCAUUUUUGGUUCUGCCAAUUUCUCAGGGUCAUUUCUGACACCAAAACACUUAAAAUUUUUGUUUUCAGGUUUUUCAGAUCACAUGGGUAGUAUGAAAUUGGAUGUAUUAAUCCUCUCGAGGGCCGAUUUAUAGUUACAAACUUCUUAAGAUACUAAUUUUUCUUGCUGACCUUUUACAUGUUGUUUGGUUGCCAGCAUUUUAGAGGGCUCUUCCAUCAGUUUAUUUAUGUGGUCGGUUCUAAACUUGUUCAAUGUCCCAUUUAGUUAUCAGCACUGAAGCGCGAUCACUCUAGGAUGUGGCAGACACUUUUAGGAUGCAACACAUACUUUUACUUUCUAGGUUUCUGCUUUUAUUUUAUUUUGAGGUUUUUAAAUUUUCUUACUUUCAUGCCAUCUCAUUUUAAAAGGCUUUUUUUUUGCCAUUGAUUUUUAUUUGUGUUUUCAAUAAUUUAAUCCCCCACGAUAUGCUCUAAACUGUCAUGAAAUGUUUUAUGACCAAAAAGGAAAAAUAUUAUGCACUUUCUGUUUUCUCCAUAGAAAGUGAAUUGUGCUUCUUAAUAACUCAUGCACAUUUAUAUAAAUACAAUUCUUUUACAGUGAUGCCCUUGGGAGUUAUUGUACUACAUAGAGCUGUUUGUGUAGCACUAAAUUAUACUUAUUAUACAAAACUGACUGUGGAAAAGGCUGGGUGUGAGGUCAAUAACUAAAUUUCAAAUUAAACAAGUAAACUUUUUCUACAGUUAUUUUCUUCUCAGUAACUUUCUACUUACUGUUGAGUUCAAAAUUAUGUGAGUUUAUAUUCAAAUUGUGCUAUGCGUUUAUUCCAUAAAUUGAAAUUGCUAGAGCAUUGAUUUUGAAGUAAAUGGGUUUUUGCAUCAUCUAAAGAAGGAAACCUGCAAACACCCUGAAAGCAUCAUAUUAUAAAGCACAACAUUGGAAAUCACUGGAUUAAGGCAUCCUGUAAUUAAACUGAUGGGUUUGAUGCUUAUGUGGGUCAUUAGCAUCUGUAUUCCGUGUUUUCAAAAUGUCAAAUUUGUUUCCUGCCCUCUAGUAGCAUUGUAUUUUAAUCUCAGCAAGAUGUAUUUUCUUAUUUUUUUUUUUAACAUUUUAAUUCAUUUUUGAGAGACAGAGAGAGAACACUAGUGGAGUAAGGGCACAGACAGAGGGAGACACAGAAUCUGAUUCAGGCUCCAGGCUCUGAGCUGUCAGCACAGAGCCUGACAUGGGGGCUAGAACUCAUGAACCGCAAGAUUAUGACCUGAGCUGAAGUUGGACGCUUAACCCACUGGGUCACCCAGGUGUACCAAGAUGUAUUUUCAAAGGGCAAAAUAAUAAAGAGGAUUAUUAUGAACAAAUUAAUUUAAACAUUUAUGAUGUGUUUUGAUUUAUUGCAAUAAUUUUCUUAUUAAUGCUCUUGUUUUCCAAU